GAAAUAUGAAUGGGGAGAUUUCCCAAUACAAUAUGAACCCAGAAAGGGAAACUUUGUUCCAGGAAUAUCUGGCAAAUCAAGGAACGGUAGUAAAGCCCUAUUAUUGGCUGACACUGAGCAAAAGCUGUGCCAAAUGCCCCUAUCAUAUACGGACAGGUGAAGAAGCAAGAGUCCCUUAUAUGGGAUUUCAUAAGGCCUUUGGAUUCCCAUAUGGGCUAAUGAGUCCUCAAAACAAACACCUUAUAUUCUAUGAACUGAGGAGCUUCUCUGGGACAUUAGUCCAAAAGGGCCAUGCAACCAACUGCAUUAAGUAUAACAUCCACCCAGAGUCCAUGUUAUUUGAGAUGGGCGGCUAUCUGGAUGCAGUUACAUAUGACUACGACAGCAUCGGGUACAUAAUUCUUUAUUCAAACUACUCUCCUUGUAAUGAAGCUGAGCACUGCUGCAUAAGCAAGAUCUAUAACUUCUUGACAAAGUACCCAGACAUUACCCUCUGUAUUUAUUUCUCUCAGCUUUAUCACACUGAGGAUGAUUUCCCUGUGUCCAUAUGGAACUGUGAAGCUUUACGAAGCCUUGCCAGUUUGUGGCCUCAUGUGACUUUGAACCCAUUAUGUGGUGGGGUCUGGCAUUCCCUCCUUUGCAAUUUUGUGAGCGGUAUGCCAGAAGCAACCCUUUAUCAUCCAAUUUUACCUGCAAGAGCAUUAGCUGACCAACAAAAUUCACAUAAAAUUAACAACAUAACAGGAAUUAAAUCUUAUUUAACGAAAGCAUCUCCUCAGGCAACAUAUGAAAAUCUAAAACCUCAGCAGAAUUUGCAGCAAUACUAUUUUGCUAACACUCCCUCUCAGCAACCUUCACAAAUGAUGAAUGGCAGAUUGCCACCACUGAUGAGUCACAGCCAUUUGGUGCCUUUCACAAGCAAGUUUCUGCCUUUUGGGGGGCAACAUUUAUAUCCCAAACCUAAAAAUAUUGUAAGGCAUUUAAAGAUGCCUAAGGAAUUAUUUAAUGAUACCAAUCAUUCCCAAACCUUUUCCCAUGGAAGACCUGUUCAGGUGGUAGAAAUCACUGAACGACUUUUAAGUAGCAAGACCACAGAUCCCAAAGGGCAAAAAAAAAAGUAAAUCCAUUUCUUAUGAAAGUUAAUACACAGAGGGACUAGAUGGAUCAGAGAACUGUGAUGUUGAGGAUAUGGAAACUUUUACCUUUAGAACACUUGUUUAAAUCCAAUCUAGGCCAGUAAUGAUGAAAAUUCAGUACCUGCCAAUCAGGGGCGGCUCUAUAUAUUUUGCUGUCCCAAGCACGGCAGUCAGGAGGCUUUCGGGGGCGCGCCUGAGGGCGGUCCGCUGGUAACGCGGAUUCGGCGGCAUGCCUGCGGGAGGUCCGCCGGUCCUGCGCCUUCGGCGUACCAGCCACCGAAACCACAGGUAUGACGGACCUCCCACAGGCAUGCUGCCGAAAGCAGCCUGACUGCCGCCCUCACAGCGACCGGCAGGCUGCCCUCUGCGGCUUGCCGCCCCAGGCACGUGCUUGGUGCACUGGUGCCUGGAGCCACCCCUGCUGCCAAUGACUUUUAGUGACUUACAAUAAAUAAAGUUGACAGUCUCAAUCCGAUUUUUACUGGAGAGGUGUCCACAUCAUAUUAGAUGUCAGCAUAACUAGUAUCCUUGUUGGAAGCCUCAGCAUAAGGCAAGGAUGAAAGGGACAAUAUAGACCAAACACUGCCUGAAUCCCUAAAAGUGGUUCCUUCAGGUAAGGGUGGACAUAUGGGGGAACACUAUACUCCCACUAUCUGUCCUGGGAAUAAAAAAGUCUUUAGCCUCCAAGGCUGCCACCUCUCAUCAGCCAGAAGUUCAUGUAAUCUGAUUUUUAAAUUAGAUUUUAAAAAGAUAAAGAUAUAAAAAUGAAAUUGAGUGAACACCAAAGAGAUUUCUUUCAUAUAAAGUUUUAAAAGAUGGUGCUGAUAGCAUAUAGAGUAUGAAGAGUGAGUUGAUUUAUAGAUCAAUGCUUUCACUGUUGUAAUACAAUAUAUUUGUUAUUAAUAUUUAAAGUGUUUUAGUUGCAGUUUUCUAUAGCAAAGCUGGUAACUUGUGAUCUCUAGCAAAAGGGGCUUUGAGUGUUGUUACAGAAACCUUAACCAAAAAAAUACCAAUUAAUUCUGCAAAAUCAAUUCUCCAACUCCCUUUUUAUUUUUGUGACCACGGCAUUAAGAAUCUAAUUGUGAGUUAGUCCUUACCAUACAUAACUCCUCAGUAGGUGCUCAAACAACACUUAACCUCUCACAUGUCCAUACAACAUAGCAACACAAAUUCUGCAUCCAAGAGAUGCAAACUUCCCACCCUGACACUUGAUCUUGCAAGGUGCUGAGUGAUUUCACUUCGGGGGGACAACUCACUUGCAUGAAUCGUUGCAGGGUUAGGUUCAUAGUAUGAGAACUCCCUACUUCUAAAUCUCAAUAACAUGCAAUCCCCUGGGGCCCUCUUCAAUCCCAAUUGAGUUUUUCCAUUGACUUUAGUGGGAGUUGGACUGGAAUUUUAAAGUGAACUUAAUGUAUAUACAAUUAUUUUUAAAAUGAACAAAUUUAUUUAAGGGGAUGCAUGAUAAAAAUCUUA